CAAGUGUACUGUGAAGCUUCAUUUGAACAGCUCAAUUAUGUUGUUGGAGUGUUUCAUCUUUAUUUUGAUCACCUUUCUCAUGAGAGGAGUUCAGUGUGAGGUGACAGAGGUGUUUGCUGAAAAAGGCUCUCUGGCUGUACUACCUUGUAAAUACAGCCCCACAUCCAGUGUUUCUCCAGCCAUCUUCUGGGUUAAAGCCAACAAAGGUACCGUCUGGAUGAAGCAGAAGAGCGGUGUGCAGUUGUGGGGCUCUAGCUGGUUACAAAAAGGGUUUCAGCGUGUGCGAUGCCCCCACACUCAGUUUGAAAAAGGCGACUACAGCCUGCAAAUCAUCAGUGUGACGGAGGAGGAUGGAGGAGUUUACUCCUGCAGAGUGGAUGAUGGAGGCAUACAUGCUGAAACCAUGGUCCUGCUCAGAAUCAUUACAGUGUCCAUCUCUCCAUUGGUUGUCAUGUCGGGGAGAGACGUUUCAGUCACUUGUACGGUGACUCCUGGAUUUAAUGAGGUUACUGCUGCGCAGUGGUUUUUGAACGACAGUCAAUUUCCACGUAAGACUGAAAUCAUCUCACCGGGAGAGACCUUUAAAAGCCUCGUGAAGGAAAAGGCAUCUGCGAGGCUGACAGGGAAAUGGACCUGUGUGGUGGGCUACAGGGGCAAAGAAGGCCGAGCUUCAGCAACUCUGUCAGUGAGCGGAAUCCUCCAACCACCAUCUGAUGACACCAAGGUGUACGCUGCUGUGGGAUCUGCAGCCACACUCCCCUGUGUCUUCUCCUCUGGGAUGAUCCCCUCCUCACCACUCUGGGAGAAACUGCAGCCUGGGUCUCUUAAUAAAGCUAGCCCCAGCCGCCUACCUUCCUCUUUUUCUUCAUCCUCGCUGUCCUCUCAGCUUCCCUGGGAUAAAUCUGCCGGUUUGAGAGAGGUCGACUUUAAGGAUGAGGGCAGGUACAGAUGCUCUGGGACCGUACAAGGACAAAGGCUGGUUCGAAACCUCCAGCUUGUCGUUGCCAAAAUUGAAAGCAGUGUCCUGUCAAAGAAAAAAGCCUCCGUGACACUGACCUGCCAACUGUCCGACACGAGCAAGGUCACUGAAUACGAAUGGGUUCGCGUGACCUAUGAUCUCAAUGGCACCCAGGUCUUCGGGUCCAUCCACAAGGGGAAGACUCUGAGUAUCAGCCAGUUGUCAGAGGAGAGCUGGGGCACAUGGGCAUGUCGGUUCUCAGGCAAAGAAGGCAUUUUAGGAAACAUAACGUACCAUGUUCCAAUGAUGAGUGGUUUCAGUGGACAAAAAUCCUCUGGUUUCUCAAAGAACACCGCUGCUGUGGUCGGGCUCAGUUUUCUCCUCCUCGUUCUGCUGCUGAUUCUGGCUCAGAUGUACAAGAACCACCGAAGGGUAAAGAUCCAUGGUUCAUUCAAAAACUCUCAAAUUUAA